UAGUCGGCGUACGCCAUUUUGAUUUAAGUGAAAAAAGUUACAUUAGUGCUAAAAGUGAUUGUGAAAUCUGUGAUCAUCCGUCCUAAUUUCGACGAGCCGGGGAUUAUUUAUUGUUAUUUACGGUUUACCCAUCUGGACGGACCAAGAAGAAGGGUUCGUUCGCUGGGUCCUGGAGAUCUAAAUGGUUGCGUGCGGACAGCAUGUCUACUUUGCCAGGGCUGGCCUCCAAAGGCGAGAAGGGAAAAGCGAAGUUUCAGUCGUUAGAUAUAAAUAAUCUUUACAGAGUUAGUCGUGGUGAAUCUUUGGAAAAAGCGCAACAAAAAAGUACACUAACCUUCAAACAUGGCAUGCAAAGUCUGGGAAGAGUGCCCAGCGCUAGAAGACCGCCAGCAAAUCUUCCCUCAAUAAAAUCUGAACAUAGCGGUACCGACGCCGCCGUUUCCUUAGUACCUUCCGGCGGUCCAGGAUGGGGACAAAAACAAGAAUCUUCGACUCCUUUAACCACAACCACUUUGCCGACCCCAACAACACCCACCAGUUCUUCGAACGUGAGCAGCCCAACUUCAACGAGCGCCGCCGCCUUAACACCUUCUGCGGUUGCGGUCGCAGUACCGCCGUUGGUGGCGUCGCCGAUUUUGGCCCCGAAACACACCUCCCCGGCCGCUCCUCCCAUCGUCGGAGGCGCCGCAACGGACAAAUCAUGGAGUUCUGUUAUGGCCGGAAGCGAUCCGCUUCAUCCACCGCCAUAUCAGAGUCCACAGUUCCAGCACGAGUUUCCCAGUUUGGCAGGAGAUGGGGGAGGUGGCUCUGGAGGCGGAGGAGGUGCACCUCGACCUGGCAUCGAUACCCAAUAUGGACCUGGACCGAGUCUACGGCCACAGACAGAAGGUUCUUGGACGCAAGGGGGUUCGCGAACUGCGGUAGAUGGACCACCACCACGCAGCAACUCGGCCCCCCUGGGGGGCCCACCGCAGCUCUCGGCCCAGGUCGGCCUACAACAACCAUUACCGCCACAGUUUCAUGGAAUUCUUCCUGGAUUUAUGUUGAGAGGUAAUCAACCGCCAAACGGACACGGAACAAACAUAACAAAUUUACCCACCCCAAUGUUGAAUGUAUCGAGAAUUCGAGAUGGUCGUCCUCAACAGCAGCAACAACAACAAUCUGGGCAACGAUCGUCAGUCGAGUCGGAUGAUGUUGCCGCGAGACGACCGAUUAUAAAAGAAGAAGAUUUGAAUCGAAUGGAUGAUAUGACGAAAGACAUGGGUUGGGCCGCACAAGAUGAGAUCGAUUAUAAUCAAAAAUUGGCCUUUAGCGAUGAAGAAUCUUCGGAGAAAAAUAUUCGAAAUAAAAUGAAAUUGGAUAAAGACGAGAAACAACCGGAUUUGGAUUCGCAAAAAGUGUGGAAUCGACCUUCGAUUAAUCGUCGAGCUCCCGACGAAGACGAACUUUUGGCGCAAAAACGUCGACAACAACAACAAGUGAUUGUAAAUGUGUCGGAAAGAGCCAAACAGCGUAAAGAGGAAGAAGUGAAAUUGAAAUUGAAAAGAGAAAAAGAACAGGAAGAAGUUUUAUCUAACCCUCAAACUAAUUCCGAUGAAGAAAAAACUAAACAAGCGCACGAUAACGAUUUUCGCCAAUUAACUUCAAUAGAAGGUCGCGCUUUUAUUCGGCGAGAUCAACAAAGAGGGGGACCGGAAGCGAGAAACGGAUCUAAUUCGAAUUUUAAGGAAUCGGAAUUUAAUAGGAAUUCCCGCCAACCCAAUUUACCUCCGAGAUUACAAAAGAUACAUCAAAAGAGGAACAAUCCAAGUCCACAACCACCAAUGCAAAUAUCUUCAUAUACUCCUUAUGAUAAUCGAUCAUCAACUCAUUGGUCGAGUCAUUCGAAUCAAAACAUAAAACCAAAAUGGGAAGAAAUCGAUAAAGACGAUAAAGAAAUGCGUCGUAGACCGCCAUAUUCAGAGUCAAACAGGCGACAAUCCGAAAGUCGUUUUGACGAGUACGAUUACAAAAAAGAAAAGGAAGAUAAAUGGGGCGAGAAAAAAGAUAAUAAAGAUGAGAUUAAAUUCGAUAGUAGCAGUAUUAGUCGUCAAAAUAGCGAGGAGUGGCACAGUAACGAAAGAGUUCCGCAAUUUGAGAAAGCCCCCGAGCGUUUUGACAGACCUCAAAGACCUGACAGCCGAGACUCGAGAACCUCACGCGAUUCCAAACACUCCCGCGAUUCGGAAUCGAGAGAACAUUUGGGUUCUUGGGCCGAAAAUAUUAAUUACGAUGAAAAACGAAAAGAAAAGGAGGAUCGGAGAACGGUUCCGGGUCCAAUAACUAAAGAAAAAAUCGAAGCCGACGAAAAAAUAAGCGAAAAAAGGAAUUUAACUCAAUUAAAAAAAGGAAGUAUUCCAGAGAAAAAAAUUGAGAUUCCAAUUGAAGAAAAUAAAUGUUCUUGGGCUGAUGACGUCGCAACUUUACCCGAUUUAAAACCGAUUCAAGAUAAAAGCGAGAAAUUAGAAGCUAAUAAAGAAGAGGUUAAACUGGAAAUGCGAAAAGAUGAUAAAGAAAAAGAUGAUAAACAACGCCCAAUGCGGCCGUUUUUAAAUAGAAACCGUUCUGGAAGAGGAAAUUGGGACUCUCAAUCGUAUAAUAAUAAAAAAUCAGGGAGAGGAUCGAGAUCUGGACGCGUUUCUUCGAAAAUGGGGGAUUUCCACGCCACUGAUUCCGAAGAAUCCAUCGAAGAUAACACCCAAAAAAGCCCCAAACCAAUUCGAAAAAUAGAAAAGGACGAAAAAAAUAAAGAAAAAAUUAUCCCUGAAAGAAAAAUUGAUAACAAAAAAGAAAGUUAUGAACCGCGUGGGGAACCUUCACGUCACGGAAGAGGUGGUUCUUCUAACAUCCGCGGACGUGGUGGAGCGUGUGUUAGUAAAAGAUUCGACACUUACGGACCACCCCCAAAAAGUCCCUUCGGUCAUUUCGAAGAUAAAGAUAAAAAAUCAACGGAAGAGUCUCAAGAAACGAUAUUUGACGCCGAAAAUAAAACGCCCGGGGUUAUUGGAAGUUCUCGAAAAGAUCCCUCUUUAAUGCGAUCCGAGAAAAAACACGAAGAUAAAUACGAUAGGGGUCGAGAUAACAGAGAUAGAUCAAGAAGAGAUCGAGAUAAUAACAAAAAAGGAAAACGAACCGAAAAUGGGGGAGAUACAUCCGAACAUUCAGACGAUAGCGUCAAUAAAUCAAGAAGAAAUAAAUCCCCACUUAGAAUUAAUCGCGGAUUAAACCAAGGAAUGCGAAGAAACGCCCCCCCAAGACUCUCAAAUAACGAAAAAAGAGCAUCGUUUAGAACCGAAAAUCCACCCCCGAGACAAAACUCAAACGGUUCUUUACGAUCAACAGCAAUAACCAAACCGGAAGCGUUCAAAUCGGAGGUGAAGGAUGAAAAAAAUGAAACGAAUAGCGCCUUGAUAAUCGCGGACAUUAAUAUUAAAGAAACCCAGGAAGUUAUUGAAAUUGGCGAUGGUGAAGUGGAAGAUAAAAUUAAUCAAGGCGAUUCCGACGGGUUUCAAGAAGUUAAAAGUAAAAAGAACGUUAAAACAACAAAAAUAAUUGAGGAAAAACCGUUCACCAAGCCAAUUUCGUGUACUUCUAAACCGGAAAUGAAACCAAUCGAUAGAAAACCAAAACCUUAUAACGCAAAUCAACAUCCGAUUUCUCAACAACACAUCGCGAAUAUUCCAUCUUUGAUGGAUACACCGAUUAAUCCCCCGUCGGUUAUUCCCCAAUCGAAUAAAGCCCAGUAUGAUCGUAAUCGACAAAAACUCCCCCCUCGUUUUGCUAAGCAAAGGGAAAAUAGUCGAUUACAAAAGAUGCAGCAAGGGAUGUGCGAUAUUGAGUUAAAUAAAGUAAAUCAAAACAUGAAUUUGUACGGAAUUAAAGAUGGCCCCUCGAAUUUAGCAACGAUGAGUAAUGCAUGGGAGAAACCAUUAGGUCAAUUGAGAGGUAAUAUUGAGGCGGAAAUUGCUCUCCCCGUUUUGGAAAAUUGCAAAGUUAUGGAUCAACCUCAUUCACCCGCACAAAAUUCAAGUCCUAAUAGUGAAAAAAUAAUUGGUAAAACGCAAAUUCAACCAGAUAAAUCCGUGCUAGAUGGUAGUACACCCCCAGUAAACACAAUAAUCUUCGAAAAUACAAACUUUAAAUCGACUCCCGGUGUUCGAAAUCGUAACAAUGAGAAAUCACGAGCCACCACAAAAAUCGAAGAAACCUCCCCGAUGGAUCCCCCCGUAAUCUCAACGUUUAAUAAACCGGUAACGGAUCUUUUAAAUAAAUCCGAAAAGCAACCCGAUAUUCAAAUGCAACUUUUUAAUAAAGAGGAUACAUCCGAUAUGAAACUCGACUUUUUCGAUUCGGAAAUUUCUCAAUUAACCGACGAUAAAGCGUCGAAAAAUAUUUCUUUACCCCGUUCGAUGCAUACCAUAACAAGCAGCAAUAGUACAAUGUCCCAUUCCACGGCCGAUUUAAAUUUUAAAAUAGCAUCGGUGAAAAAAGUUUGGGAUAAUACAAUAAAUACGAUGUCGCCGGUGAUAGAACAUAGUAGUGUUAGCCAGGAGGAAACGUUUUCGACAAGUUUUGGUCCUGAUCCGAACAGUCUCGAUCCUUCAAGCGCUUUCAGCAAAACUCAAGAUGCCGUCGAAGAUCCGCACGAAGGUUACAGUCCUUCGCCGAACCCAAAUACGGCCAAUAACACGACAAAUGUAUGCAAGGUUAAACCCACGCAGCAGGUUCCAGGAACAACCGGACAAAAUAUCGUUGGUGGAGGGCAUCAAACGCAUUCCGGAAUUAUUACGAUGCCACCUUUAUCUUCACCUCCAAUCCAACCGGUUAUUGGACCUAAUAUUGGUUUAAAUCAACCACCACAACAAUAUACGACCAAUCAACAUCUUGGUUAUCAGGCCUCUUUAGGUGGAAGUACCCAAUUUGGAAUGUCCGCAAUUCCAUCUCCCCCAAAUGUAUUAUACAAUUCCACCCAACAACUUCAACCUAACCUUUACGGCGGGUUCCCGAUGGACCAAAUGGGCGGUCAACGGACGUCACAAUUCUCCCAAUACCCUUAUGGACUCGGACAAAACGCGGCAUCGAGUCACUAUUCGGCCCAGAGCCUUUAUUUGCAAACGCAACCUCACCCCCCUCAAGCCGCCCAAGCCCCGCCCGAUCUCUAUCAAAGUUUAGCAACCAAUUUUCGGUUGCAAAAUACCACCCCUUACGGACAAAAUCAACAAUUGAAUAAUCCCACGACAGUUUUGAUAUCUUCCACUUCGAAUUCAUUGAUGUCUGCUUCGGUUAAACCAAGUAAUCAACAAAUUAGUGCAAUUGGUACUAAAACGGGAGCUGUUGGUCAAACGUAUCAACAACAAUCUCAACAAGGCCAACAAUUGUAUAUGACUUACGACCCUUCAAUCCAGCCCAAUUAUCUUCCGAAUACUGGAGUGAUGCAAAGGGCGCCAACGGGGCCGGUUCAAAACAACGUCGUUCAAGCGUUGCAGCCCUCUUCUUCGUAUUAUUCAGGAUCAACAGGUGGCCAAACCGGAUACUUCCAACAACCUGGCAGUUCGACUUUGCAAUCGGGACCUCUUCAACAACACCAAGCCAGUUAUGGUCUUCAAGGGAACGUUUUUGGCACACACAAUCAAUCGCACAGCAGUCCGAAUAUGACGAAUAUCAGUUCGCAUUUUUUGUCACAAAUGCAGUUUGCGGCUGCGAUGAACGUGCAGCAAUUUCGGAACCAAAACAUGCAGAACGCGUCGUAUUUGAAGGGAAUGGGUGGUGCGCAACAGGUUGGUGGGGAUCAAACCGGGCGCUCUCAACAGUUGAAAAGUCCGGGGAACCAACAAGAUUUGUCAUCGGUUUUUAAUUCGGGACCCCAAAUACCAUCGCCGAAAUCGAGACAAAAUUGUAAACAACCUCCACCGCAACCGAGUCCGACUACGCAACAUAAAUACAAUCUGUAUCAAGGAGUUGGAAAUCAACAGUCUAAUCAGACCCAAAGAUAUCCAACACCGAUUCAAAGGCCUCAAAUGAACUUCCAACCAAAUUUGAAUCCUGUGCAAAAUAGUGGUUCGGCGAAUCAAAAGCAUCGUGCUAAUAAUAAUUCAAAGGGGCCACAAAGAAAUUACUAUUCCUCUCAAAGUAAGUCUUAAAAACUUACUAAUUGAAAAAAAUAAAUAAAUCGUUCACUAUCAUCACAAAGCGAUAAAGUGGAUGAGACAAAACUUGGAGAUCAAAACGUGGGGGGAAAUACGAAUCAAUCAGUGAACAGCGUGGGGGGUAGUAAAACUGGGGGAAUAGGAAACGUGGCGAAAACGUCAGCGUCUGAAGCGGCAAAAGAAAAGGAAGAAGCUAGUGCUAUUAAGGACUAAUAAUGUAUUUCGCGGUACACAUAAUUUAUAUUAAGUACUAAAAAUACUAUUUACUAAAAAAAUGAUAAGAAUUUGUACAUCCGUUUAAUUUAUUUGAAAAAUCGAUUUACUCUGUAUGGGUUAUAAUUUAUUAUUGUAUUGUUCCCCGUUUUUGAUGAUGAUAAUGAUGAAAAAAAUGAAAAUGUUUUUUCGAGUAUUUGUAAUCAGUAAAAAUACUGCCUAAGAGAUAUGUCUGAGUAUAUUAUAGUAAAAAAAAACAAAAAAAAAA